AUGGCCGCCAGGUGGCGCGAGGUGAGGGAUGCCCCACACCGGGCCCUGUCAGCCGUUGAUUCCUGGCACUUCUGCGCCAAGCGGUCACGGCAAUUCAUGAAAGGGUGGGGUGCAAACGUAGGCCGGGACAUCCGUGAGCGGAAGAAAGCCCUCCUUGAGGGCAUCCAGGCCCUCGAUCUGCGGGCUGACGCCGCUGGCCUCUCGGCAGACGAAUGGAUGCUGAGAUACGACUUGGAAGACCAGCUCACGGUCAUCUACACUGACGAGGAGGCAUACUGGCGCUUGCGGGGUAUGCAGAACUGGGUCCUCAAGGGGGACGCUAAUACUGCCUACUCCCAGGCUAUUGCUAACGGCCGUAGACGCCGUAACUCCAUCCCCCUCCUGUGGGAUGGACCGACCCUCCUUCAGCGGCCGGAGGACAUCCGGGCACAUGUCGACGGCUUCUACAGAGACCUAUUCUCUGCCUCCCCUCGAGGAGGUCUUGCACUAGCGCAAGAUAUCUGGCCUGCCCACUGUUGCGUCUCGCCUGCGGAUAACGCGGCCCUCACGGCCCCGUUCUCAGAGGUGGAAGUGUGGGAGGCAAUUAAGGGCAUGAACCCUUCCUCGGCUCCCGGCCCGGAUGGCCUCCCAGUGAAGUUUUCCAGACCUUCUGGGAGGUGA